UGCUCUGGUUCUAUUUGCAUAGAGGCGGGGCCUCUGGCGCUGAGAGGCUGGAACACCCAAUCAGGUGGAACCCCGGGACCUCCACCUCGCUCCAAACGACCCUGGGGGCGAAAUCCGCCCAGAGACUUAAUUUUCAUGGGGCGGGGCCUGCUCUUUGAGUCGGGCCGGGCGCCACUUCCCCUUCCAGUCGGCUUCCGCCCGCUGGCUUCCGCCCGCUAGCUUCCGGCUUCCGUGCGGCUUCCGCCCGCCUUCCUUCCGGCUUCUGUCCAGUUUCCCUCUGCCUUCGCCGGCCGCCACCCGCAGCCAGGGCACGAAUGCUACCAAAACGGCGGCGAGCGCGGGUCGGGCCCCCGGACACCGCCCCUCCUCCGGCACGCUUCCCUGGGAUCACUGUCUACCUGGCUGAGCCACGCAUGGGCCGCAGCCGCCGGGCCUUCCUCACACGCCUGGCUCUCUCCAAGGGCUUCCGCGUCCUGGACGCCUACAGGUCAGAGGUGACACACGUCAUGAUGGAGGGGACCUCAGCAGAGGAGGCCGUCUGCCAGCAGGAGCGCAGGACGGCGGCUUCACCAGGAUGCACCCGCCCGGUGCUCUUAGACGUAAGCUGGUUCGCGGAGAGCAUGGCGGCCGGGCAGCCUGUCCCUGUGGAGCGCCGGCGCCGCCUGGAGGAGGCUCUGGAGACGCUGGCGGAGGCCGCGGGCUUCGCCGGCAGUGAGGGCCGCCAAUUCUUCUUGUGCAGAGCGGCCUCCGUGCUCAAGGCCCUUCCCAGCCCAGUCACGGCCCUGAGCCAGCUGCGUGGCCUGGCCCACUUUGGAGAACACUCGUGCAGGGUCGUCCAGGAGCUGCUGGAACACGGAGUGUGUGAGGAGGUGGAGAGAGUCCGGCUCUCGGAGAGGUACCAGGCCAUGAAGCUCUUCACUCAGAUCUUUGGGGUCGGGCUAAGGACCGCUGACCGGUGGUACCGGCAGGGGCUGCGGACGCUGGACGACCUCCGAGAGCGGCCCCAGAGACUGACCCAGUAGCAGAGAGCAGGACUCCAGCGGCACCAGGACCUGAGCACCCCGAUCCUGCGGUCAGAUGUGGAGACCCUGCAGCAGGCGGUGGAGGCAGCCGUGGGCCAGGCCCUUCCUGGGGCCGCGGUCGCGCUGACUGGCGGCUUCCGGAGGGGGACGUUGCAGGGCCACGACGUGGACUUCCUCAUCGCCCACCCCCGGGAGGUGCUGCCCAGAGUGAUGUGCUGCCUGAAGAAGCAGGACCUUGUCCUGUUCCGCCAGCACCAGCGCAGCCGGCAGGCAGACGACCCCACCCACCUGCCCCGGCGGAGCCACGCCAUGGAUGCCUUCGAGGGGACUUUCUGCAUUUUCCACCUGCCACGACCCCCAGGGGAUGCUGUAGGGGUGCCCAGAGGCCCUGCCCCACCUGACCACCUGGUGGUCACCCCCAUCAGCCAGUUCCCCUUUGCGCUACUCGUCUGGACUGGCUCCAAGCAUUUCGAGUGGGAGCUGCGCCGCUUCAGCCGGAAGGAGAGGGGGCUCUGGCUGAACAGCCGUGGUCUGUUUGAUCCGGGGCAGAAGAUGUUUUUCCUCGUGGCUUCAGAGGAAGACAUCUUCAGACUCUUGGGCCUUGAGUACCUCGCCCCAGCAGAGAAAUGCCUGACCCUAUUAGCUGGCCCUCACUUCCACUCUCUGGAAAUGGAGGGGGCCGUUUGAGCCGGACGCUAUGGGUGUUCUGGUCCUUGAAUG